AUGGCCUUUACUGUUAGAACGAAAAGAAAUCACCCUCUCGUUGUCUCAUCUGGUCGGACUAUUUUGUUCAUGCUUAAACAAAACCAUGGUCUCCGUGGUUUUCUGCCGUCGACAUCGAUGUGUUCUCUUUCGUUCAUUUCAGUCGAAGAUGCACCAAAAACAAAACUUUUUUCAGAAACCCAGGUCCGCUCCGUCUUCCAGUUUUCGGAAUAACUUGGACGUUCUUCGUGGUAACGAAAGGUCAGCCCCUUGGAAAGCGAUUUUACGAAAUCCAAGCAGAAGAUGUCAAGAAAUAUGGGAAAGUAUUCCGCAACAAACUACCAAGCGUCGAAAUUAUCAGUUUAUCCGAUCCUGCCGACGUUGCAAAGUUCGAUCGGAUCCCAAAUAUCCAGAAAGACUGGACUUUCCGUCUCUAA